CCCAAAGCAGGGCUGGUUGACAACUCGGCUCCGCGAUUCCUGGAACCGAUUCCUAACAAGACGGUUGUGGUCGGCAGGGACGUCAUUCUUCCUUGCUCCGUCGACAACCUCAAAGGGUACAAGGUGGCCUGGGUGUUCGUCGAGACGCAGACCAUCCUGACCAUCCACCACACCAUCAUCACCAAAAACCCCCGCUUCUCCCUGGCCCGCAACGACCACAAGCACUGGUACCUCAAGAUCUCCGACGUGAGAUCCAGCGAUCGCGGUCAAUACAUGUGCCAAGUGAACUCUGACCCGAUGAUCAACCAGGUCGGGUACCUCGAUGUGCAAGUCCCCCCUGACAUCAUCGACGAAGAGAGCAGCUCUGAGGUCACGGUAAAAGAGGGUCACGACGUCACCUUGGUCUGUCGCGCGAGGGGGUCACCCAAGCCCGUCAUUUCUUGGAAGAGAGAAGAUGGAGGGAGGAUCGAUCUCAACAAUGGCAUCAACUUGAGAGUCACCAACUCGGAGGUGCUGCACAUUCCCUCGGUGUCUCGCCUGCACAUGGGCGCCUACCUCUGCAUCGCCUCCAAUGAUGUUCCUCCGUCGGUGUCCAAGAGGAUUAUGCUGAACGUCCAGUUCCAGCCUGUAUUGUGGAUUCCCAAUCAGCUCGUUGGAGUGGCACUUGGCAUGUCCGUGACCCUCGAGUGCCACACAGAAGCCUUCCCUCGUUCGAUCAACUAUUGGACAGAUGACAAGGGGAAGAUGAUCCUAUCUAGUGGAAGAUUCGACACAGUCGUCACGGAGAACAGUUACAGGGCCUACAUGCGACUCAAAAUUAAGAAUGUGCAGCCUGAAGAUUACAUGUCCUACGGCUGCUACGCGAAGAAUUCCUUGGGGGAGACCAACGGCAGUAUCAAAGUCUAUGAGAUCCCCCGAGAGCUGAUGGUGAACCCGCCAGGACCCGAACCGACUCAGCCCGACGAGGACCACGUCAAGUUAGAACGUGAGAACCAGACGAAGAAUCUGAGGCCGAAGGACCCCGAGGACCAGACCCGGCCCGACCGACGCGGCGAAGGGCGCCGCUCAGGCAUCUCCGAAAACCCCUUCCCUUCACAACGCCUCACCCACGUCCUCCGCCCCGCCCCGCCCACGUCCUGGCCACGCCCUCAGCGCCAGCCUCGUUAGCGGUCUCCUCGCCGCGUGGUUGCUUCACGCCCUCGCCGCCGCCCGCCAGCGUGUGUGACGGACGUGAGGGUGAAGGAAUGCGAAGGAAAGAUGGAUGGAGAUUAGAUAAAGACAGAAAGAGAAAGAGAGAAAAGAUGGAGAUUUUGUUGCAAAAAAAAGAGGCAGAUAUGUGAUGGAUGGAAAUACGUAGAGUGAGUGAGAGAGAGAUACACAGAGAUACACAAAGACAGGACAUCAGAAAAGAGAGAAAAAAAUGUGAUAUGUGAUAGUCGUGUUGACGUAAACCCACCGGCGGGUCGACCACGAACCGAUGCUGGGAGACAACUCCGCAUUUUUUGAAGGGAUUCUGUUACUGCGUGCUGCUGUGUUGCUACCAUUAUUACUACUACUUACCUUUCUAUCAUCAUAUGUUAGUGUUGUUGCUGCCACGUGCUAAAAGAUAAUGAUAAAAAAUAUAUAUAUAUAUGAUAAAUUAAAAUAUUUACUGCUCUGAACACUUGCUGGUGUUGUUGUUGCCAUGUACUGAAACCUCUGGCCCAAGUGUUAGCAUGUGAAACCCCUCGUGUUUUGAUAGGCCUUCUUUUACUGUCACGUGCUGUUAACGUCGCCCCGCCCUCUGGUGAGUGCUUAGCGCAAGCACCUCGCUAGACACUGUCGCCGCCCCGUGCUUGUGCAACAGAGCAAUAGGCUUGCAACAAGGACGACCGUUAACAGCACCGCGAAAGCCCGCGUGUGACGAUGAUGCAGAUGCUGUUACGUCGCUCGCGUGUGUGACGAGGAUGCAGAUGUUACGUCGCUCGUCUCGACGUGACUCCAACCCUCCUCUUUCCUGAUCCGAAGUCGCACACACACCCAGCUGUAUCAUUCGCCUUCACGUAUUGCCUUCCCCUACACGUAAAUCAUUCCCUCGUGUCUUCCUCUAUACCUCCUCUUGGUUCGUCUGCCGCAAGCAGGCAAGCAGACGACUGGCACCUUAUGCCUUCCUUUUGCAUCGGGAGUAUCUGGAUGCCCAGCUGAGAAAAAAAAAAGUAUAUAUCAAACCAGCGAAAGAAGAUGAAAAAAUCAUAUUUCGUGUCCACUUCUGUAUAGUUGUAUAUACAUAUAUAUAUCUAUAUCCAUAGCAUC